CACGGUCGUAGGACACAUUUAAGAAGUUGCUGGAGGGAGACUGUUAAGAGAGCAGUCAAGCUGAGAGCUCGUGAAGAACACAAACAUGGAUUUAUGUCGGUGUUCGUGGCUACUCUUGAUUUUCUGCUGCUUUUCUGCCGCAAAUCCAGCAAAUUUCAAAGGUAAAGGACGUGGGUUCAUCGGCUUCAAUGACCCUUCAAACUCCAAUCAAGUCAUUGUGGACCAGAAGACAUCGGACACGCUGAAGAGCAGUCUCACCACCGUCUUCCUCCCCAUCGUCUACAUCAUCGUGUUUGUCGUGGGGCUUCCCGUCAACGGCAUGGCCAUCUGGGUCUUCCUCUUCCGUACCAAGAAGAAGCACCCGUCCUCCAUCUACAUGGCCAACCUCGCCCUGGCCGACCUGCUCUUUGUCAUCUGGACGCCGCUGAAGAUCUCCUACCACCUCAACGGCAACAACUGGAUCUACGGAGAGCCGCUGUGCAAAGUUGUGGUGAGCUUCUUCUACGGGAACAUGUACUGCUCCGUCCUCUUCAUCGCCUGCCUCAGCGUGCAGCGCUACUGGGUGGUGGCUCACCCUCUGUCGCAGCAGAGGAAGAACAACAAGGUGGCCGUCGGCGUCUGCGUGGCCAUCUGGGCCUUCGUCUGGCUCACCAGCACGCCGCUGUACCUGUACGACCACACCGCCAAGCUCAAAGACCCCAACAUCACCACCUGCCACGACGUCAACGUCAUACAGGACGCCCUCGACCCGUUCCCGUCCGUGAAGCUCCCGUACUUCUACUUCAUCUUCAUGGGUUUGGUGGUGUUCCUCGUCCCGUGCGUGGUCAUCGUCGUGGCCUACGUCCUGCUGCUCCGCGCUCUGGGGAACGCCAUGGGGGAAAGCUCGGCGGCCAAGAACCGCCAGAAGGCCGUGGUGUUGAUCGUCACGGUCCUGGUGACGUUCCUCGUGUGCUUCAUCCCCAGCAACAUCAUGCUGGUGGUGCACUACUCGCUGCUGAAGGACGGCGUGGUGAACAACGGCUACAGCUUCUACAUCUCCACGCUGUGCCUGGCGAGCCUCAACAGCUGCCUGGACCCGUUCAUCUACUACUACGUGUCCGAGGACUUCAGGAACCACGUGAAGAACACGCUGCUGUGCAGGAGCAGCAGGACGGUGGAGAGGAUGAGGGUCUCCUUCAGCUCCAUGAAGUACUCCAAGAAGAGCAACAAGUACGUGUCGGACAGCGGGAACACGCAGAGCAGCUCCUGUUAGAGAUCCAGAGAAGAGAACAUAUAGACACUCUGAUUGGAUAUCACGCCUGUUCUUGCGCUAAAGGACACUGAGACAUAUUAAUAGGUCGGUAAUAACCGACAUAAGGCCCAUCGGUCACAACCAGGUCACCUCAGGUAGUAACCAAAGAUGAACUCUUAACUGUGAAGAUUGGAGAGCGGAGGACCUUUUUAGAUGUAUGAGACUUUAUUAUGAGCUAUUUAGUGUUGAAACAUGGAUGCAUAUUUUCAUUUUUUUUAUUUAUAUAUAAAUCGAGAGAAGGUUUUUUUUAAAGGCAUAAAAUGAGUUUUUUUGUUUUUUUCCCAAGACUGUGACUGACUAGUUCACUGCACUGAAGAGACAAAAAGUGCAGGUU